UAUGUCAAUCAUCAAAACAUUUUCCCCUCCACCACAUAAGCUCACAUCCUCGCGCCCGGCAGACAACCCACCCACAUUUUCUUCCUUUUUUCCUUACCAGUCGUCUUUUGCUCGCGAGGAGAAGUGUCAAAAUCGUUUAUUGAGCAACAAAAUUUCUAUUCAAGUUCUGCUUAGUGUUAAGCAACCGCAGCUACAUUUAUUAUAAAGAAAAAAAAGUCUACUUUGUUAAGUGUUUUCCAUUGACGGAGCUGUUAUCAUUCCAAUCAUUUGUCUAGCAAAUUGCGGUGCGACGGAAUUUGCGCGUGAAGCAGCAGGCGCCCGUGUGUUUAGUGAUUUAUUAGCACGAGAUGACGACUACAACGACGGCGGUUAUAGCGAGACGGGAACAAUAAUAUUGUCAGUAAAAGGAAAUGCAAUAAAGUAGUGCAUUAUUCGUACGUUCCCUAUCAUCCAGUAGAUUGCGGGAAGCUCCAAUGAUAAGAAGCUACAAUUAGCUAGCAGCAUCAUCGGGGCGAAAAGGGUAGGUUCCCCUGAUACGUUGAGGUUUGCCCCGCUGAAGGGAAAGGAAGGCAAGUGAAGUUCGUCGACGUCGUAUGGAAUAGCAUAUCUGCCCGCUAAUCAACCUAAUCAACUGCGAAAAAUAAUUGAAAGUGGAAACAGCUGCUAGAUGUCGGUCCCAGUGAGACAGAACCAAGUGACUGAGAAAAGUGCGGCUAGAAUGGUGGAAGACAACUUGUAGUGAUGUGUUAGCUGCGUUCGUACAUUGUUAAUGUUUUCAGUUGUUGAGUUUUUAUUUCCAUCAUAUAUUACUUAUACACAGAGUCCUAUUGACUAUAGAGUUUAGCGCGUUUGUUUUGUUACCCGGGUCGGAUAUAUUUUCGGCUCGUUUGGUGUCUUAUCGCCCAGCAGCAGCAGCAACAAAGUAAUUCCGUCUGUACACAUACACACACCUUCUACUCGCGGAUUGUGCGGCUCGUUUUUGCGCGAUACGAGUACGAAAAAAGUGUAACUCCAAAAUGCGAGUCGUAGCGCUCGUCAGUGGGGGCAAGGACAGUACCUACAAUAUGAUGCAGGUGACGGCGGAAGGACAUCAGGUGAUAGCGUUGGCCAACUUGCACCCGAAAGAUAAAGAUGAACUCGACAGCUACAUGUACCAGACGGUUGGCCACCAGGGCAUCGAAAUGUUGGCGCAAGCAAUGGAAUUACCUCUGUACCGGAAGAUCACCCGUGGCAAUUCGAUCAACACCAAGGGCAACUACGAACCGACCGAGGACGACGAGGUCGAAGAUCUGUACGAGUUGCUGCGCCAGGUGAAGGAGGAACAACAGGUGGAAGCGGUUGCCGUUGGAGCCAUUCUAUCCGACUAUCAGCGUGUUCGGGUGGAGAAUGUUUGCAACCGCUUGCAGCUCAUUUCGCUGGCCUAUCUAUGGCGACGGGAUCAAACCGAGCUCUUACAAGAGAUGAUCGACUGCCAGGUGUAUGCCAUCAUUAUUAAAGUGGCUGCACUAGGAUUGAUGCCGGACAGGCAUCUGGGCAAAUCGCUCAAGGAGAUGCAGCCGCACCUGCUUAAAAUGAAAGACAAGUACGGUUUAAAUGUUUGCGGCGAGGGUGGAGAGUACGAGACGUUCACCCUCGACUGUCCGCUGUUUAAAAGUCGCAUCGUCGUUGACGACGUGCAAACGGUGAUAAGUUCCGCCGAUCCGGUCUGUCCGGUGGGCUAUCUUAACUUUACCAAGCUCCGACUGUUGCCAAAAGAACGUGCCGAGACGGUAGUAAUUAAGAACUCUCUUGACUUCAUUGCUGAUUUGAACGAGAGCAGCUACAGCGACCUGAGCGAUCCGGACCUGAACGAGACCGAGCUAGAGUUAAUCGAGAAAGAAACCAACGCCCGGGUGGCGGUUAUGCGGAAUUCUUUCAGUAAAGACGAUCUUAACAAGAUUGACGGUGGCGGUGGUGUAUCUCGCAGUAACAGCAUAACCAAAGAUUGCACUAAGGAAUUAGUGCCUCCUCGGUCGCCGGUAAAAAUUAUAACCAAACGGCUUAGCAUAGACAACGGUGGUGAGGAAGGCAGUAGCGGCGGGAUCGAUUAUACUGCUCGAACGAGUACCAACGAAUGUGAGCGAGAGAAAGGACCCCUCACGAACCAUCCGCGAGCUAUAGUCAACUGCAAGGGCUGGAUGUGGGUGGCAGGCAUUCAGGGUGUAGCGGAGACCUCUAGUCAAGCAAUGGAAAUCGCACUUGCGUCAUUGGAAGAUUUGGUAACCUCUAAUUCCUUUUCGCUUCGUCAAAUUUGCUAUAUUACUAUGUAUAUGCGUGAUAUGAACGAAUACUCAUUUCUGAACGAGAUCUAUUCCAAAGUGUUUGGGUUUACCAACCCACCGACAAGAGUAUGUGUGGAAUGCCCUCUUCCGGAAAACUGCCACGUUGUGCUAGAAGCUGUAGCAUACAAUCGGGAAAGAUCAUCUUCGGAGCUGCAGCACAAAAGACACACGAUGCACGUUCAGGGAAUUUCCCACUGGGCCCCAGCCAAUAUCGGAACUUAUAGUCAAUCGACAAAGGUCGGUCACAUAACGUACAUUUCGGGUCAAAUCGCCUUGGUCCCGGGUAGCAUGACCAUCAUCGAGGGCGGUAUAAGGCAACAGUGCAAACUUACACUACGUCACAUAAGUCGAAUAGCAAGUGCGAUGCACGCUCAGGGUCUGUUGCGGGAUGUCGUUCAGGGAAUUUGUUUUGUUACUAAUCCAAGCUAUAUCUCGGAAGCCCGCCGUCAGUGGGAGCGACGGACGGCUAAUGCCAUAAUCGAUUACAUCGUAGUUCCGGCCUUACCACGAGGCGCCCUAGUUGAGUGGCAAGUCUGGGCACACACGCACAACGACAAGUUUGACUACGAAGAAACGGGUUGCUCCAUAGCUGACUACACAAUUUCCAUCCGAAGACGAUGGAAUUAUGAGAACAAUUGUGCGGCAGUUGUGUGUUACGUUUCCACAGGUCUAGCAUCUUCAUCAACCAAACUAGCGGAAUUGAGCGAUGACUUCAUGCAGCGUCACAAUCAGACUGCACAGGCAAUCAGCCGCGAGCAGAUCCACGACACUAUAGCGUACGUGCUGCGGAAGUUACUCCAGGACUACCCGAUGGGGAAUAGUCCCUCGAACGAAUCCUGUUCCUCGUCGUCGGAUGAUCAUCAUUACCAACAUCAGCAUCACCAUCAUCACACGACAGAUGGCACAAGCGGCAGCAGUCAUCCGCAUCAGGAGGCGGAAUAUUCCAAGCCAACCGUGCAUCUGCGCUUCUUCUACCAGGUGGGGGCCAGCGUUUCCGUGCAGUCCCUGGUAGAAGCAAUCGAAAGUUUCCUCAGCUCACCGUCCAACAUAGCUCGAAUCGCAUACACCGUCGUUCCGGCAUGUCAUCUCCAAAAUUUCAGCACUUUUAUCUCGAUUUGUGGCUUGCGACAUCACGAGUAAGAGGUUUUCGAUACGUAACGUUUUCUUUUUUCUACGGUUUUUGCCUGCGCCUUUCACUUUUACAAAGAACAAAACAAAAAUCACCCCGCUUAGGCACACGCUAUCGUUUUUGGAACAUCUUUUUUUAUUCAGUAAUUAAAUAACGAAGAUUGCACUUUACGGAACAUCUUAAAGCAGAACCAUUUAAAAAAAAAAUCGGCGGAUCAAAAAUAAUUCUAUUAGAAGCGAAAAAGUCUCCAAGGCAAACUUAUUGGAUAACCACUUUACUGAAACUGUACUGCACAAGCGGAAUGUUUUACGAAUAUAUUGAAUGUUGAUAGAUUAAAAAUAAUAAAAAAGAAUCGUACCUAAACUGAAAAAAUACA